UCAUAUUUUUAAGAAUACAAUUUAGAAGAUGGAACGUAGACAGCAAAUCGUUUUGUAUAUUUUACAUAUAUCGGAUAUACUGAAAAUUUUCGAUGAAAAAUGAUCGAUAUUUGAACUGUUAUAAUUUCGUGAUUCGUAGAAUUUCGUACAACAAUCUACUUGGGUUCAUUUACAAGCUCGAAGCUGCUGCCUAGUUCACAACAUUUUUUAAGCUUCAUUAACAAUCGUUUAAAUUUGUAGAAUUUUCGGAAAGAAAAAGUACCCUCGCUUUCUUAACCGUUACAUCCUAAAGAUGUAAAAACAUCUUUGAAAAAUAAAAUGUACACAGCAUCGAACGAAGGACUCGGAUAUCUUCUUCAAACAUAUGUAAAGAAUACUAUGUAGAGAAUAGUUUAAUAAUACAUCUUGCGUCCAUCUCUCUUAGCGAAGAAAAGGCUGAAUCGCAAUGAAAACGAAAUCAAGCAGGAAUACCGUAUCACGAUGACGCAUAACAAACGCGAAAGGUGAUCGUAAAUUAAACGGAAUAUGCGCAUGUCAAUUAUACAAGUGUUUUUAAUAUUGAGUCAGAAAUCAGUUUCAAAUUUAAUUAGUCGCGGUGUCGCGGGUCGAGAAAGAGCAUAACCUUCGUUGUGGGACUCACUGUCACGACAAAGGCCAGCUUCUCAGUUUUUAGUCGUCCCUUCGUCACGAUCCUCGUAAUCGAUACUGCGUUCGUGACAUUCGUGAAUCUUGUCGCGUAGAAACCGUGACAUGACAUCCUGCAGCCUCGUCAUCGGGAUAUCGUGAGACGAACCAUUAUUCUCGUAAAAAAAUUAAUUUCCCAAGGGAGAGGCACGAUUCCGACUGGAUCCCUCGAAGCUCGUUCAAGAGUAACAAAGCCUUGUCAGCGAUCCCAUGGAGCGGCUAGGAGAACAGGAUGUCUGCAUCGUUCCAACCAAAUCGAGAGAAUUGCCGCACUUGAAGAUAGGCAGCUCCGUGUUGAAGGCCGAUUUCGACGAAGGCGAUGACUUCUACAGGGAAAAGACGAAGAACGAGUUACGCGAGACGCCAGAGGUCGUGGAACAGGCGUUGAAGGACUUCAAGGCGAUGUACAAAGACGAACCCGAUCUGUUCGUGCCGGAUGACGAUGAAUUUUGUCGGAAGUUCCUACGACCUUGCAAAUGGUACCCGAAAAGUGCCUUUGAACUGAUGAAACGGUUUUACAAGUUCAAGGUGAACAAUCCACGCUACUGCUUAAAUCUCUUACCCAGCAACGAGAAGAAGGUGCUGUCUUCAGAUAUGGUGAUUCCGUUACCAGAUCGUAUGGCGGAUGGUUGUAGAGUGCUUCAGAUCAACUGUGGGAAAGCGUGGAACACAAAACUCAUCAGUAUCGAUGAAAUAUUCCGAUCGAUCAUACUGUCACUGGAAGCGGCUAUGGCUGAACCCAAGACACAGAUUGCUGGAAUCCACGUAAUUUUAAAUAUGGACGGCCUAACAUUGAACCAUGUGACACACAUCACUCCGAGUUUCGCCGCCUCGGUAACGGAUUGGGUACAGAGAUGUUUACCCUGUCGACUGAAGGGUAUCCACGUAGUGAAUCAACCCUUUAUAUUCAACAUGGUUUACGCUAUCUUCAAACCUUUCCUUCUGGAGAAAACACGUAAGAGGCUUCACUUUCACGGAACAAACAGAGACACUUUAUUGUCUUUCAUUAAUGCGAAAGCUUUGCCGAUGGAGUUCGGUGGCGAACUCGAGAUGCCGAACGAAUCGAUUGGUCAAGGCGUUUGCGAUUAUUUCUGCUGGUUCGAGAAGGACUUCGAAGCUGCCAGUAAAUAUGGAUAUGUUAAGAGUACAAAAUGACGAGGGACAAGGUGUAAUGUGCGUUCAAUUUGAAACGAGAUAACAGAGAUUUUAAGGUAAAGUGAUUGUUUUCAUUGAAUAAGUAUAACGAAAUAGGGGAAACGGGUGAUAAGCAUUGGAAAAAAUCACGAUUUAAAUAUCAAAGAAGGAGGAGAUUGGGAGUUCCAAUAGUUAUCAUUAUAGAUGGAUCGAUGAUCUUUAUGCUCGCGUUGGAUAAAAUUUAUUUGAGAAAUAAGAAAGAUAGAUAAACGAAUUACAACGAUGAGCGUAUCGAAGUGAUAACGAAGUUAUCUUGUAAUUAUCCUCGUUAUGAAUAAAUAAAUAUUUCGUGAUUUCAAAUGCGACAAGUGUAACGGGCAAUAUACGUUGUUGUUAAUAUUGUUACUUGGUUUAAUAAAAUAUAUAAGCAAUAAAUACAUAUAAAUUAUAGUCGUGGUAAAUAAUUGUGACAUUGAUGGUUCGUUGUAUAAUUGAUUGAUUACGAAUAUAUUUUUAAUAAAAAAAUGUUGAUCGAAACAAAAAUAAUGGUAAAGCCUAUGUUCGGUUAUUGUGUGUAAUUACUUUAGUUUUUUUUUUUAAUACGCAUUAAGUACAUAUUUUACAAGCGUAUAACCUUGUGAUAAACCCACUUUGUUUAACAAUAAAUUAAUCAACAUGUUGAUAACUUAA